CGCAGAUUUCUCUACUAUAUAGACUGCAUACGCUGUGUAGGCAUAGAAGACACAGUUUCCUUCCCUGAAAGAAAACAUACUCACCACACCAAAACCUCCUCGUAGAAAUCCAACAACGAGCAGUACUCACGGAUACCAUCCAGUACCACGUCUCGAAGCACAGAAGCGACUCGAAGAUCACGAUGCAAAAUCAAUAUCAGUAUAACCAAGCUCCGCCUAGCUUACGCUGCGAAAGUAUGAAAGAAAUAGAGAGAGCCUCGCACCGUCUUGGAUGGGACGACACCGAACGCAUCCCCAAAACCGAGCUGCUGAGCGGCUUAAUCCAUCCACUAUUUCGGCGCGAGAAUUGGAGCUUCGGCAUCGAUGAAACCUCCUUAUUUGACGACAAAGGAUUCUGGAUCAGCUUGCUCGCUCUAAGUGUCGGGCCGGAUGAUGAGUAUGUGAAGUAUUACACUACCGAAGAGUCGCCAGAUGCUAAGGAUAAAGUCCAGGCCGUUUUUGAAGAGAUGACUGAGAAUAUGCACUUUACCUUCGGCACUACAUGUGCGGACAGCAAGAAAAUGGGGCCCUGGGGAGUCACGUAUGAUAACGCAGCAACCGCCAAAUUCACGAUGCUUACCUUCCCGGAGCAUCUCUCGAGGGUGACAAAGCCUUUCACGAUCAGGAGCCGCAAGAACAACUACACCACCCCGCUAGUGGCAUUACAUUUCCGAUAUCGGGAGCUGUUCUCAUGGACCGCGAUGGAGUUUUCAGAGCUGCCGGAAGGAGACAAGCUGAAGAAGCAGUUCAAAAUUGCUUGUACCCUCGUUCAUGAGACAGCUCAUGCUUUUGUCAAAACGGCGCGUGGGAAGGCGAGACCGGAACCGAAGGUUUUGAAAUUAGACACCGUAGCAGAGGUCGGACGAUCAUGGGAGGGAUAUUUAUUUGGUGCAUCGCCUGACAUCUUCUGCGAGUGGAACAGCAACGCGGCCAAAACUUCGGUCCUGGUAGCUCGAGAGAAUCGAGCAAAUGCCGAGUCUCCGAAUCACAAUGUCGCUCGAACGAUCUACAUCCCUUUGCCUUGGAUCAAGCGGUGGUUCCUCGAGAUUACUUGGGAUAACUUCCGAGAGCUGAGGGCUAACGGAGACUUAGACUUGAAAUCCCAAUUGCGAGAUCCCAUACUGGCGGAUUACAUGAUCCCUGGCCAUUACCCUGACAAGAAAUCCCAGGUCGUAGUCCUCGAGCACGGCAAAGAGGUCGCAGUUACCUCAGGUUGGCUAGAUGACUCAAGCUCGCGGAUUACUUGGAAGAAGAAUAAUGGAUGCUCAAGGUACGCCUACAAGGUCUGGCCGGACGGCACUCGAUUCAUCUUCCUUCAACAGAACACGCGGAUUUCACGGCGCGUGAUAAAGCUAGAUGGAUCCACGGAGGUGAUUUUCUAG